AUGGCCGAAGUCACGCAUAUAACGAAACCUGACGGGGAUUUCGACGAAUGGGAGAUCCCAGCCGAUAGAUAUUACACUCUGACCUCCACGACAUUCACCAAGCGACAGCUGCGCCAACAGGAAAGAUACACGAACUGCAAGGGCGAGCUCAUUACUGUACCUUGGUCGCGCGAACUGCUCGAGAACGAGAGAGAUGCCUUGAUCUUUAUCUUUCAGAAUACGACCAUCCACGUCCCAAAGUUUCUCCAUUUCUCGCUCGAAGGUGGUGUUGCUAGCAUCACAAUGGAAGCCGUGCACGGGGAGCUCAUGGAUGAUUUGGUUGUGACACUCAAUGAAGAAGACCAGGAAAGACUCACUAGUAAUGUUUUGCUGUACAUCAAUGACACGGUUCUCCCUCAGCUCCGUCAAUUGAGAUCCAGCACACUUGGUUCCGUGCGCGGCAAUAUCAUUCCCCCGUACAGAUUACAAACUAGAGCGAGACGGGCUCAUUAUCCAUCGAGAACAUCGGCUACCAAAGACUACGUUUAUUGCCACAAUGAUCUUGCACAGCACAACAUAGUGGUCAACCCAGAAACCCUGCAAGUCGCUUCAAUAAUAGACUGGGAGUUUUCUGGAUUCUACCCGUCAGACUUCGAAUAUCCAUUCUGGCUUACAACUCGCGCGAAAAGAACGGAUUGGGGUAAUGAAGACCCGGCCGUCCAGCGUCUCAUCAAAUUGAUCGACGAACCAGGUAAGAGCAAACCUACUACAGCCCUGCAGACAAGUCUCGCAUUGACAGGAUUUAGAUGCAAACGCUUCUCUUGCGCGCCCAUGGGCGGCCAGCAUGACUCGCCUGCACGCAACAUUUUCGCACCUCUUCUCAUGGCUUGCGGACAAGGGCUUCACUGCCAUUUCGAGUCUAUUCUCUCGAUUCACAAAUCAUCGUUCCUAAAAAGAAUCCCGGCGAGCGUCCCCUUGAUAAAUGAUGUGCGCUUUCUGUGUGUUCUCACUCUUGCUGCAAGACGCAACCAUAGCCAUCUUGCCGACGUACGGAUAGAGUGUAGGAGGAAGUAUGCAUGCGUAGGGGCCCCCGAAGGCACGGGUGAUCCUGUCCAUGAGGGCGAUCUGUAG